UGUGUCUUGUGUGUUAAUCUGUGAUGUUUAUUUACGUUGAUUCUAUCAAUUUUAUUAAUUUAACUGAGCAGUAAACAUUUUGUAUAUUUUCUAUGGACAGCUGAGUAAUCAUUGAAUUCCUCUCCCAGAUUGAAAGUAUCAUUAAUUUUAAUUCAAUCAAGAUUUUAUUAUGUCUCUACCUAAUGCGAAGCCCGUCAUCACCAUCCAAAGUGAUUGGAACUCUAUUCUUCGGUUGCCCAAUGGCCAGGUUUGGAUAUCCUCUAAAGUUUUAAAUGAACUCAGCACACAAGAUACCUUAACAAGAUCAGGAAACAAAAGUGAUGGAAAUAUUAAGAUAAAUAUUUCCAAAAACUAUGAAUACAUUUCUCUUUCUAACUUAAGCCUUGUCGUGAAGCACAUUGAAUCUGAAUUGAAAGCAGUGUUUGUUGCCCCCACCAAGGACCAUAAUAUACAUGAUAAAGCAAUUUUGUCUGUGGCACUUGCUGAAAACUCCUUAACUGUGUCUUCGUGUGAAGCAGAUAAACUUCUUGUCUGGGAUAGCAGGACAGGUGAUCAGUUAUUAGAUUUAAAAGGACAUGGUGGCCCAGUCUACAAAUGCAGGUUCUUUCCGUCCGGAAUUGUUGUACUGUCGGCAGGAGCAGAUGGCUCAUGUAGAAUAUGGUCAGCUGAGACAGGAAUCAAUCCUGUAUUGUUAAAAGGACACACUAUGUCAAUCUCUGAUAUCAGUAUCAUUGACAGAGGGAAUAAUAUUGUGUCUGUUAGCAGGGAUGGUUCUGCAAAGCUUUGGGAUGUCGGUAAAUCCAAUUGCUUAGAUAAUAUUGUAGAGGGUCAUGGACAAAUAAAUUGUUGCACAAUUACAACAACAACAGACGAAGUUAAAGUUGAUAACGAAAGAGAAGUUGGAACUUCAAAUAAGCUAUUAAUUUUGGGCUUUGAAAGUGGUUUAAUUAUGUGUGCACAUAUAGCCAAACGACAAGAGUUGUUCACUAAGCAGAUUGAUUCAGCGUGUAAUGCAUGCAUUGUCGUUGGUCAGUCUAUUAUUAUCGGUUGUAAUAAUGGCAAGGUUGUACAGUUGAAUUUACAAGAUGGAAAUUUGAUCAGUGAGUUAUAUGAAUCCGCAAGUCCAGUUUUAAGUUUAACAAUAUUGGCAAAUCAAAUGUUCGCAAUAGGACGCCAAGACGGAACGUGUACAGUGAUAUCAUUACUAGAACAACACAAGAAUACUAGGGUGUACCUAACUGGUCCAGACUGUGAUGGUGUCAGAGAUAUAGCAUUUAAUGGAAAAUGGAUACUCACGGCGUGUCGAGAUACAAUAAUCAGAAAAUAUGACUACAAUCAAAUCAACGUUCACUUUAAAUGAUUUGUAAUUAUUUUUUUAAAUAAACAACCCGUGUAGCCUUCUUGAGUGUCAAAUAAAAUACUUAUAGGACUUCAA